CAGACGGAGCUCUAGCGGUCAAACUCGCCACCAACUCUGCGUCCUCCGUCCUCAGAGUGAAACACUGGGGCAGUUGCUGCUCCGACUUCGCUUUUUUCUGUUUUGGGUUUUUUUUUUUUUUUUUGUAGCGUGUGCGUGCGUGUGUUAAUUGUUAAUUGUUAAUUGUGAGCAUGCAAGGCAACGGUCGUCACCGAAACAAGGAAUCAAGGAGACCAUGGACAAAUGGGCAACUUAUAUUUUACAAAUGCACUUUAUAUUUAUUCAUCUUUAGUCUGGAACUGAAGAGGAGCGCUACGGCGCCACUGGACUCUGACGAGUUCGCUUUCUUCCAUGAGGGCGCUCAGGGGUGCCUGGGGGUGCGGGAUCACUCCCUCAUCUUGUCAUCUGCCUGUGAUGAAGUCCACCAGCGCUGGAAGUGGGUGAACCGGGGUCGCCUGUUCAACCUGGGCUCCUCGCUGUGCCUGGGCGUGACCACUGGUAACGUCACCUCCAGAUGGGACAGGUCUCCUCUGGGUGUGUACACCUGUGACCGCGAGCCCCCCAGAAUACGCUGGACCUGGAACUGUGGUCAGGUGUUGGACAACCUCAACAACUACCUUCCCUCGCCAUCAUUUUGGAACUCCACCUCGACCUCUUCGAAUUCAAAGCUCAAAUGGAGACUGCAUGGUGCUGUGCAGGACCUCUGCUCCAAAACAUAUCAGGAGAUCUACACAAUUCAGGGGAACUCUCAUGGCCGCCCCUGCCACCUGCCCUUCCUGUAUGACGGCCAAUGGUUCCACAACUGCACCAGUAUCGGACGUGAGGACGGUCACCUCUGGUGCGCCACCACCUAUGACUACGGCAAAGACGAGCGUUGGGGCUUCUGUCCUGUAAAGAGCAGUGGCUGUGAGACAUUCUGGGAUACUGACCCGCUGACAGACAGCUGUUACCAGUUUAACUUCCAGGCUACGCUGUCAUGGAGCGAGGCUCGGAUCAGUUGCCAACAGCAGGGAGCAGACUUGCUCAGCAUCACCAAGCUGCACGAGCAGACAUACAUCAAUGGCUUACUGACGGGCUACAGUGCUGCUUUGUGGAUCGGCCUCAAUGACCUGGACAUCAAUGGAGGCUGGCAAUGGGCCGACUCCUCACCACUCAAAUAUCUCAACUGGGAGUCAGACCAGCCAAACCACGCAGAUGAAGAGAACUGUGCUGUGAUCAGAACUGAGUCAUCGGGUCGUUGGCAAAACCGUGAUUGCUCUGUUGCUCUGCCGUACGUCUGUAAGAAGAGGCCAAAUGCCACCUUGGAUCCCUUCACCACUGACUCGUGGGCUGAUGAUGAGAAAUAUGAGUGUGAUGUGGGCUGGCAGGCCUUCCAGGCUGGCUGCUACAAGGUGACUUCAGAGAAGAUUGACUGGGAUACAGCUCAGAAAACCUGUCAGAGGAUGGAGGCCAACCUGGUCAGCAUCCACACCCUACCUGAGCUUGAGUUCAUCAUACGCUACCUGAAGAAAGACAUUGACCAGCUUUGGAUCGGUCUCCAUGACACUGAUAUGCAAAUGGACUUCCAAUGGACUGACCACACGCCCGUCAUCUUCACCCACUGGCACCCCUUUGAACCCAACAACUUCCGCAACACCCUGGAAGAUUGCGUCUCCAUGUGGGGAGCUGAGGGCCGCUGGGAUGACAGCCCUUGUAAUAUGACUCUGGCCUCCAUCUGUAAGAAACCGGGAACAAAGAGUGAUGGGAAGCCACAGCACCAGGACUGCAAACAAGGCUGGAAGUGGCACAGUCCAGCUUGUUACUGGGUUGGAGAAGAUCUGUCUACCUUUGAUGAGGCCAGGAAGUCCUGUGAGGACCAAGGAGCUGCCCUUGUUACCAUCACAAAUCGGUUCGAGCAGGCGUUCGCCAACAGCCUGGUGUUUGGUCGCUCUGGUGAUUCCUUCUGGAUUGGUCUCCAUGACCAGGGCAGCCCCGGGUCUUUCCACUGGCUCAGCGGGGAUGAAGUGUCCUACACCAACUGGAAUCGUGACCAGCCAGUCAAAGUCAGUGGCGGCUGCGUUUCCAUGGCGACGGGAUUCGCAACAGGUCUGUGGGAGGUGAGGGAGUGUGCGUCAUCCAAGGCGAAAUUCAUCUGCCGUCACAACCAGGACACGUCUCUGAGCCCCGAGCCCCCCGUCCCUCAGCCCACCCCGAGCCUCAGUGGUGCCUGUCCCAACGGCUGGAAGAGCAACAGCAACCUGCGCUACUGUUACAAGGUGUUUCAUUCCUCACAUCUGGAGCAGAAGCUGAGCUGGCUGCAGGCUCACCUGUCCUGCCGGAGUCACGGGGCCAACCUGCUGAGUAUCACCAGCCCUGAAGAGGAGCAGUUUGUUCUGCAGGUCCUCCAUGAGGCCUUCGGGGAGUCAGAGGAACAUGAGCAGCACUGGUUCUGGAUUGGACUGAACCGCAGGAACCCGAUGGAUAAUGGCAGCUGGAAGUGGAGUGAUGGACUGGCUUUCACGUACCAGAACUUUGGCCGCUACUACUACAACAUCCGGCAAUGUGCUGCAGCAGACUUGGGCACGAUGACCUGGCUGGCCAUGCACUGUGACUCAGAGUUAGAUUGGAUCUGCAAGAUCCCCAGAGGUACUGUUGAGAAGGAACCAGAUGUCACUGAAGGCGCCACUUCCCCGGAAUGGAUUGGUUUCCAGGAGGCUGAGUAUAAAUUUUUUGACCAUCGCACCACUUGGGACCAGGCCCAGAGGAUUUGCUCUUGGUUUGAUUCUUCGCUGGCCUCCGUCCACUCAGCUGCUGAGGAGGCUUUCCUGGCCAAGACUUUACGUGAGAUGGUAAAGGUGGAGGGUGAUAAUUGGUGGCUGGGGCUUCACACCUAUGAAAAUGAUGGCCGCUUCCGCUGGUCUGACCACUCUGUGCUCAAUUAUGUGUCCUGGGCUCUUGGGAGGCCGCACCCGCUCAGCCGUGAUCGCAAAUGUGUCCACCUGACCGCCAGCAAAGCGGAGUGGGCUGAUCGGAAGUGCCACUCUGACCUGCCCUACAUUUGUAAGAGAGUGAAUGUCACAGGCACCAUUCCUCCAACUCCAUCACCCCCACACCCACCCGCAGGCUGUCCAGACGGAUGGUCCUCCUAUCAACAUAAGUGUUUCAGAGUAUUUGAUCAGUCACCCCGAGUCACAUGGUCUGCAUCCAAGUUGAAAUGUGAAACGCAGGGAGGUGUUCUGGCAGUGGUGUCCACUCAUUUGGAGCAAGCCUUUGUCACCACCCUGCUUCACAAUGCCAGCAUUGACCUUUGGGUGGGUCUGACCUCAGACUCUAAAGGUCAUUUCCAGUGGCCCAAAGCCGGCCUGCUCAGCUACACUAACUGGGCCCCUGGGGAGCCACUCGACAACAGCGGACCACACCACAACAGGACCCCGGGAAACUGUGUGGCGAUGAUUCACGGGAACCCACAGAAGGACACGGGCAUGUGGGCCUCCCGAGCCUGUGAGAUGGAAAGUAAUGGCUUCAUCUGUCAGAGGCAACAAGACUCAGGCAUCCCUCCGGCUCCAGCUCUUAUCCCUGCCUCCCUGUCGCAGCCUGUGGAGCUGGGUGGAGUGAUUUACCGGGUUUUGGAGAAGCGUUUGGACUGGACCGGCGCUCUGCACCUCUGUGAGUCUCUGAAUGGGACUCUGGCCAUAGUGAGGGAUCCCUACCAGCAGGCGUACCUCACACUGCUGAUCAACAGCCUGCGCCGGCCGGCCUGGAUCGGUCUCUACAAUUAUGGAGGGCGGAGCUUCACCUGGAUGGGUGAAGAAGAAGUGUCGUAUACAAACUGGAAAGAUGGGGAGCCCCAUCAGACGGCAGGAUGUGGUCACAUGACCACUACUGGCCAGUGGACUGUGACUCCCUGUGAUGCUAAAAUGGAGGCUGCUAUCUGUCAAAUUGGGGAGGAGCCAGUGCUUCACGAAUGGAUCUACCCCGGCCAGUGCCCACACUCUCUGGGAGAGUGGGCGUGGGUCCCUUUCAGAAACCACUGUUACGCCUUCAACCUGCAAAGUCUUCGACUGCAGCAGGAUGCACGCACAUCCUGUAAAAAAGUGGGAGCUGAACUUCUCUCUAUCUUGGAUGAAACGGAGAACGGAUUUGUAUGGGAACACAUCCAGAGCUAUGCAGAGCAGGCGCACGGAGCUUGGCUGGGCAUCAGCGUGAAAGGUAGAGGUCUAGUGUGGAGCGAGGACACAGAGAUGUCAUACACCAACUGGGAGGCGCAUGAUGUCGCCUUCUCUGUUCUGUCUCCAAAUUCCUGCUUCUGGAUCCAGAGCAACAGUGGUCUGUGGAAGCCGGGCUCCUGCAGAAAUCGCACGCAUGGAGUCAUCUGCAAACUUCCUCGCAUUAUUGAAUCUUCGCCUGUAACAUUGGAAAGCGACCACCUGCCCAUAGUAAUUGUUGUUCUGGUGACGGCCCUGGUGCUGGUGGCACUGGUUGUCGGUGUGAUCUACUUGUACCGCCGGCGAACUGUUGGGUCCCGGGGGUCCUAUGAAGGGGCCCGCUACAGCCGAACCAACUCCAACCUGGCAGAGCAGAUUGAGAAGAACAUCCUGGUGUCGGACAUGGAGCUGAACGAGCAGGCAGAGUAGCAGAGCGCCUCGGACCACCCAAACGCAGGACUGGACCCGACCUGACACAGGAGAGGUUGAUUUCUAUGCGCUGACUCAGAUACACAUUUUUUAUUGUUGUUGACUCUUUUGAAACCAAAAAGAAAAAAAAAGAUUUUUAAAGUGCUGAAGGGCUGUGUAGAGCGCAGCAGAUGUUUAAUUUCAAAUUGAAUCCCCGACUUCUCAAUCCUCUUUUGCCAAGACUUAACAGUUCAAGCAAUUUCUCUCCAGGCAAAUCAGAUCCUUCCACAUGUACAGCUUUACCCCACAAGUGUUCAUGAAGGACAUAAAUGGAUCUACUGGGAAUUUAGUUUUUAUCGCAGCCGGAAAAGUUCAACAUAAAUCUGUUUUAUGAAAUGACUCCUCGCUGUCUUCCCUGGUGCCAAUGUAAAGUUUUGCUUGGUGUAUAUUUCCUUUAUUGCUCCCAUUUUGAUCGAAAGACUUAAAAAGCAAAACAAACCACAGAUCGACUCUUAACAAAAACAAUUCAUCUCUGUCCUCUAAAUACACAGUCACAGUCUUCUUCAGGACCAAAUUCACUUUGAUUUUUUUUCUGUAUUGCCAUGACAGUAUUUACCUGUACUUGAGGUGUUUUUUUGUAAUUUCAUUGCGUUCAUGUCCUUCCCAUUGACUUGUCAGGAUCUGUGCAGCUGCAGAGAACUGUUACUGAUGAUGCAUGUGUGGUUUUUGUGAGUGUGCCUCUCUCCUCCUCACUGAUCUGACACGUCAGCACCAGCUGUCGGACGAGCAGAGGAGGAAGAAGUCCAAAUGUGAAUAUGUGGAGGGUGACAGGGACCGUUACUAGUGGCGACCGUCUGAGGACAGUACACUACAACUGUGCACAUUCAACUGAGUUGCUAUACUUAGCAAGGUUGCACAAAACACCUUAAAUUAAGUUUGACCUUAAAUUUCAAGUUAAGGUUUCCUUAAAAGAAAUUCAGUUGCAUCAAACACCCUCAAGUCUUCUCUUUAAGGGUCCUUAAAUGUUCACUUAAGUUUUUAAGGUUUUCUCCUUUUCUUGGUAUUGUACAUAAGGAACCCCUUAAGGUUACUUAAACUGUUGCACAAAAGACCUUACACAAGCACAAGUGCAAAUAUGGAAAUAUUUUAAGGGAUUCUGUGCAACAUCUUUGAAGAAGUCUCUCAGCUCAGGAGAAAUUAAGCCUUAAGUGUCAUAUUUAAGGAGAAAAUGUAAGGUGUUUUGUGAGACCACGCCCCUGGUCUUAAAUGCAACUACAUAUUCUUUUUGGUACUGCAAGACUGAUGGUUGUCAUCAAAUGAUCAGACUUUCAGCUUCCAGGGCUCCGGGCACAUUUUGGCACUUUCUGAUUUUAUCUUGACCUUAUUCAGUCUUAGUCAUCCACUUGCCUUCAGUCAUCCUCCUUAAGCCAAAGCAAACUUUUGUUUUUUUGGCUCUUCAUGUCACCAUCUGGUGCUGAUUCAGCAAUUUUUAAGGGCAGUAAUUCUCUUUGUAUGCACCAUGAAAAAGGGGUUUGCAAUUUGAUAUUAUUAUGGUGUUCACUAUGGAGUUCAUAGAGUUUUUCUCUAUUUGUCUUUUUAAUGAUGCAGGUUUCAUUAUGUGUUUUGACUGAAAUGUGGCUGGUACAGACAUUUGGAAACUUUCUUUUAUGGGAUGAUUGCCAACACUUGAACCUCUCAUUGCCCCACAAAGGAAAACAUCCCUCAAGUGAAUGACACGGUUGUAUAUACGAGACCCAAAGAAUGUUUUAAAAGUGAAUUUCCUAAAAGAAAAUCUCCUUCCCAUUUUUUCUACGUCAUUUAAGGAUUUCGCAUUUGUAUAGCAGAAUGACUGCAUUUUUUUCUUUUUUCUUUUUUCCCCUCAGCUCUCACUGCUGAGUGCAUUUCUGUCUUUCUGCUCGCAAGGAAUGCUUUGGAGCCGAUUCAGUCGGAGGCUUUUUGGUGUCUCACAGAGCUGCUGUGAAAAAAAACAGCUUUUUUUGCUCCGUGAGUUGGACUAAGAUAGAGGGGGAAGGGAGGAGGAGAGGGGGUAAGAAAAGAGGUGUGUGUGUGUGUGUGUGUGUGUGUGUGUGUGUGUGUGUGUGUGUGUGUGUGUGUGUGUGCAGUCUCCAGCUGUGGAAUGUUGAGUCGGCAAGAAGAGCUCAGUGGCACGUCUGGAACCAAUCAGAGAAGCAGGGCUCAGGGACAUGAAGGGUCAGAAAGAAGAGUGAAAAAAAGUUUUAAAAAAAUAGACAGAGGAGAAAAGGGGUAAAAAGGAGGAGUGUGAGGAGGAGUCAGGACGUAGGAAGAGAGGAAGGAAGAGUGUAAAGGGUGCAGUGGUUUGUCCUGGGCUUACCCCGGCCUCUGCUGGUGGUUUUUACUGUACAGGUUUGUUUUUGUCUGCAGUAGAUGUGAGCUGAUCGAGGUGGUGAUGUGAAGGUGUGACGACCCUCUGUGUUUUUCCCAGUGAGAUGGUGUGUGAGGCAGGCCGGCUCUUGUCCCUGUGAAGAUUAGCUGAAGCACCUGUUCAACUUUUAUUUUUGUUUUGAAAGCUUUUGUGUCAUUUUUAUAUGAAAUAAAUAAAGUCUAUGUUCUCAAAACUUCUGCUUUCGCGGUUAU